AUGGUAGCAAAGGAUAGCUGCAGUUCCUUGAAUCGACAUGCAAUGAUUGGUGGAAACGGCCUUGAAAGCUACACCAAAAACUCAUCAUACCAGAGAGGUGUUAUUGAUGCUUCCAAGUUACAUAUUCAAAGUGCCAUUGCUAAGAAGCUUCAACCAGAAAACUUUGCAACAUUAGACGCAUUUUCCAUUGCUGAUUUAGGUUGUUCAGUUGGACCUAACACUUUCUUUGCAGUGCAAAACAUUCUUGAAGCUGUUAACCUUAAGUAUAAAACCCAAGAACGCAAUACCAGAAUCCCAGAAUUUCAAGUUUUCUUCAAUGACCAUUCAAUGAAUGAUUUCAACACCCUCUUCAAGUGUCUCCCACCAAAUAGAGAAUACUAUGCUUUAGGUGUUUCGGGAUCUUUCUAUUCCCGCUUGUUCCUACGAGCAUCUCUCCACUUUGUGCACUCGUCGUAUUCACUCCACUGGCUUUCUCAAGUGCCGAAAGAGGUUACAAAUAGAAAAUCACUUGCUUGGAACAAGGGGAGGAUUUACUACCUUCAUGCUAGAGAAGAGUUAGGUCUCGUGAAGGUGCAGAUCUGUUUGGGUGUGGUUGGGCGUGUGUGUGGGCGACGGCGGUACGAUGGUUGUAUGGCGGUGGUCGUCAUAAACGUUGCGGUGUCGUGGCGUUGUGAUGGAUAG